AUGGAUGACAGCAACUCGAGUACCGCCAAUACCGAAGUCCUGAAGACCGACGCACCUCUCAAUGCUCAAAAUGCACAGUCGGAGGCGCAUUACCCACCAAUGCCCACCUUGAUCAUUAUCGUCAUCGCUUUAAUGCUGAGCAUGUUCCUGAGCAUCAUCGCCACCGCAAUCCCCAAGAUCACCGUGCAAUUCCAAAGCAUGCACGACAUCGCCUGGUACGGCAGCGCCUUCUUUCUCACGCUCGCCGCAUUCCAGUCCGCCUGGGGCAUCGUCUACAAGAUCUUCUCCCUGCGCGGCUCCUUCCUAACCGCCAUCGCGAUCUUCGAAGUCGGCAGUCUGAUCUGCGCCCUGGCGCCCAAUAGCGUCGCCUUGAUCGUUGGGCGAGCAGUACAGGGUAUGGGUGGUGCAGGCCUCACGGGCGGGUGCUACACCAUUGCAGCGUACAUUGCGCCCCCCGCAAGGGUUCCGGUUAUCAUUGGCUUGCUAGGUUCGACGUUUAGUCUUGCUAGUAUAGCGGGCCCGUUACUCGGCGGGGUCUUCUCGGAGCAUGUUUCAUGGCGCUGGUGUUUCUAUAUCAACCUUCCUAUCGGGGGUGUGGCCGCCGCCGGGCUGGUGAUUUUCUUCCGCACGCCUGGGCAUGCGAAGGCUGCGUACGGUACGCCGCUUAGGGAGAAGCUGAAGCGCUUUGACUACGUCGGCCUGGGAAUUUUGCUCGUUGGGCUCGUGUGCUUCUUUCUUGCGCUUCAGUGGGGAGGUGUGACUCGCCCUUGGAGCUCUGGGGCCAUCAUAGCCCUCCUUGUUCUGUGGGUGGUCUUGACCGUUGCUUUUGUUCUCGUUGAGUGGUAUCAGGGCGAUCGCUCGCUUAUGGUGCCGAGAUUGUUGCUGAACCGGGAUAUUGGCGCUUGCUGUGCGUUUAUCUUCUUCCUAAACGCCGCCAACUUCUCCCUGAUCUACAACCUCCCCAUCUACUUCCAAGCCAUCAACGGCGACUCCCCAAUGGGAAGCGGGGUGAAGAAUAUCCCAACCAUCCUGUCAACAUCAAUCGCAACAUUCCUCUCCUCAUCCAUCGUGACAAAAGUCGGCUACUACCAGCCCUUCCUCCUGGUCGGCAGCAUCCUAGCAACCAUCGGCGGCGGUCUAAUCUACAGCAUGGACCUCUCCACUUCCUUGGCCAAGAUAAUCGGGUACCAGAUCCUCUACGGCGCAGGCACCGGAAUAUCCGUACAGAUCCCUAUUAUCGUCGCGGGCGCGUUGACGUCGAGCGAGGAGCAGCCGAUCGCUAUGGCUACCGUGCUAUUCUUCCAAUUCAUCUCUGCCGCCUACGGCGUCGGCUCCACGGAUUCCAUUCUGAAUAACCUCCUCCUCCGCAAUAUCGGACGGUAUAUGCCCGGCGUGGACGCGGGCAACGUGCUGAGUGCCGGCUCGAGCGCGCUGCAGGAUGUCUUUGGUGGUGAGAUGCUGGCGGGUGCGCGAAGGUCGUAUCUGCAGGGCCUGCGGGGGAGUUGGGCGUUGGGCGUUGCGUUGUUUGGGGUGGCGGUUCUGUGUGCGGUUGUGCCGAAGAGAGGUGGACGGCUUGCGGGGGCUGGGGAUGAUGAGGGUGAGGGUGAGGGUGGAAAUGGGGGGGAUGAGAAGGUUGCAGUGAGGUCGAAAGGCGAGUCGAUGGAGGUCAGUUCCGGCCACGCAAACGAAACCAUCGUCGAAAUCUCCAACUUACAAGCCGCUUUCUUCUUCCCUUUCUCUUUUGCUCCUUCUCGGGCUUCCAAUCCACCUUACACCGGGAGGAGCCCUAACCCUAAUUACAGCCCUCCCCGCGAGAGUCUCAACAUCAUCUUCACUCGAAGAAACAACGUCAUACUGAUCGGUGGUUCUUCGGCUCUUAUGUCCGUUUCUUCGCCUCGUGCUUGGAUAGGUGGUCGGAACGGUAAUCCCGGGUCCAGCCACGAGUACCCGUUGAUUGUCAAAUUUCGCCUACUCAACUCUACGCUUCAUCAUCACCAGUACGCUUCUUGUCAUACGAGUUUGACCAUGGCCUCUACUCAACCCGGCGAUGCCGUGAUUGACAUGGAGAUGGAGAAUCUCCCCAAAUACCCGGGAUUCUGCUAUACACUGCCUCCGCCUUAUGCCAACCUCGAGGCUCCGGGUCAGGAUCAGGCCUCUACGAACUCGGCCCUUGAGUCUGGGUCAGGUUCUGAGCCCCGGACUCAAGCUCAAGCUUCCCCGAAUUCACCGCGCCGCACUGGUGCAGGUGGAGGUGGAGGUGCAUCAGCAUCAGCGCAUAAAAACACGGGACGGUUUAUGCCCCUCCGACGACCUCUCCAACUGCUACGGCACUGCGCGGGCAAAGCGAUCUGGUGCAUGUUGGGAGCACUUAUGGCCCUGAUUAUUCUCGGCAUCGUCACUUCUCCGUUCUGGUGGCCGUUUGUACGCGUGGACCACAAGACGUUCUAA